UUCAGUUGACUACUUUACUGUUUGAGAUUGGGCUGAACAUUCAAGAAGCACAUGUUUUUUCCACUGUGGAUGGAUACUCUCUGGCCUAUUUUCUUGUUGAUGGUUGGGCACUCGAGGAGACUGAGCAGCUUAGACAUACACUUGUCAAGAAAAUACCGAGAAUUGAGGUUCAAGCAGGACAAGCAGAGCUAAACCAAGCUGCGAUGGAUGGCAUGGCAAAGGCUGAAAGUAGUAGAGCCAUGGAUUUUGCACCAACUCACAGUCGGAACAAGAGGCUGGAAGUCAUUGCAUAUGAUCAAGUUCUUCAUCUACUCAAGGACUCGAACUUGGCAGAGGCCAAUCUUCCUGGUUUUGAAGAUGAGCUCUGGAUGCAUUUUCAUCGGCUCCCCCAAGUUAUGCCUUGAAUGUGAAUGCCGAGAGAGCACAAGAUGUUCUUAUGCACAAAAGAUUACUGCAUAUGGCACGCGAUCCUGCUACCAGACAUGCAAUUGAAGUCCGUGUCGUGCAGGCUCAUUUUCCUACUAGUGGAAACUGCAGUUAUUCAUUUUAUUCAAACUCUCAAAGAAAAGUGGAUCGUCUGCGUUCUGAUUAUUACAGGGAAAACGGUGCUCAUCCCCCUACUGCUUUUGGGUCAUCACCUGAUACGAAUGAUAAUCCUCUUUGUUCCCGGGCAAUGCAUGAAAUUACAAUUUCAACAAACGACAAGCCCAAACUUUUGAGUCAGUUGACUACUUUACUGUUUGAGAUUGGGCUGAACAUUCAAGAAGCACAUGUUUUUUCCACCGUGGAUGGAUAUUCUUUGGUCUUUUUCCUUGUUCAUGGUUGGGCACUCGAGGAGACCGAGCAGCUUAGAAAUACACUUGUCAAGAAAAUACCUAUAAUUGAGGUAUCGCCUCUUCGGACCACUGUUCUCAGGUUCAAGCAGGGCUAAACCAAGCUGCGAUGGAUGGCA